AUGGAGAGAUUCCCUUUAUUACUUGAAAAUGGUUUAUCUAUUGACUGUACUGUUCUCAAAUAUUUUAAUGACAAAUAUCACAUGCAAUUAAAAUAUCCACAUCUUCCAUGUUUACAAGUUGGCCAAGAACAAAAACAUACUUAUUUGCCGUUGGAAGUUUGUGAAAUUGUUUCUGGACAGAGAUGUAUUAAAAAAUUGUCUGAUACUCAAACGUCUACAAUGAUUAAGGUCACAGCACGUAAUGCUCCAGAUAGAGAAAAGGAAAUUUCUGCACUUGUUAGACGUGCCGAAAUUGUUCAUGAUCCUUUUGCUCAAGAAUUUGGAAUUUCAAUUAAUUCUACUAUGACAGAAGUUAAAGGACGUGUUUUAAAUGCUCCAAAACUUUUGUAUGGUGGAAGAACAAAAGCUACAGCAUUACCAAAUCAAGGAGUUUGGGAUAUGCGUGGAAAACAAUUUCAUACAGGAAUUGAAGUUAAAACUUGGGCAAUUGCUUGUUUUGCACAACAAAAUCAUGUUAAAGAAAAUGAUCUCAGAAAUUUCACUGGCCAUUUACAAAAAAUAUCCGCAGAUGCAGGAAUGCCAAUUCAAGGUCAACCUUGUUUUUGCAAAUAUGCUGUAGGUGUUGAUCAAGUUGAACCAAUGUUUAAAUACUUGAAACAAAAUUUUCCUGGAUUACAAUUAGUUUGUGUUGUACUUCCUGGCAAAACUCCUGUUUAUGCUGAAGUUAAACGUGUUGGAGACACAGUUUUGGGUAUUGCUACACAAUGUGUUCAAGCAAAAAAUGUUACAAAAACAACUCCACAAACUCUUUCAAAUUUAUGCCUAAAAAUGAAUGUUAAACUUGGUGGUGUUAAUAGUAUUUUACUUCCUGCCGUCCGUCCACGCAUUUUUAAUGAACCAAUAAUUUUUCUUGGUGCUGACAUAACACAUCCACCUGCAGGGGAUUCUCGUAAGCCUUCAAUUGCUGGUGUUGUUGGAAGUAUGGAUGCACAUCCUUCACGUUAUGCUGCAACAGUUAGAGUACAACAACACAGACAUGAAAUAAUUUCUGAACUUACAUUUAUGGUUAGAGAACUGUUAAUUCAAUUUUAUAGAAAUACUCGGUUUAAACCUACCAGAAUUAUUGUUUAUCGUGAUGGUGUUAGUGAAGGACAAUUUCUUAAUGUUCUUCAAAGUGAACUUCGUUCAAUGCGUGAAGCUUGUAUGAUGCUUGAAAGAGGAUACCAACCAGGAAUAACAUUUAUUGCUUUACAAAAACGUCAUCAUACAAGACUUUUUGCUGUUGAUAAAAAAGAUCAAGUCGGCAAAGCUUUCAAUAUCCCGCCCGGUACAACUGUUGAUGUUGGUAUUACACAUCCAACAGAAUUUGAUUUUUAUUUGUGUUCUCAUGCUGGAAUUCAGGGAACUUCACGUCCUUCACAUUAUCAUGUUCUCUGGGAUGACAAUAAUCUUUCUGCCGAUGAACUUCAACAACUUACUUAUCAACUUUGCCAUACUUAUGUUCGUUGUACACGCUCAGUUUCUGUACCGGCGCCUGCUUAUUAUGCUCAUUUGGUUGCUUUUAGAGCUCGUUAUCAUUUGGUUGAUAGAGAACAUGACAGCGGUGAAGGAAGUCAACCUUCUGGUACUAGUGAAGAUACAACUUUGAGUAAUAUGGCUAGAGCUGUACAGGUUCAUCCUGAUGCUAAUUCGGUGAUGUACUUUGCAUGACAUUCAAAAAUUUGUGAAAAAUUUUAAAAGAUGAAAAUGGUUUUUUUGAUUGAUACAGACAUUCUCUCUCAAUAUGGACAACAAUCAACAGCAACAUUCAGUUUGUUUUUUUUUUGAGGGAAGUAUUUUUUAUUAAAGUAAAAAUUUUGUUUCUUCAAUCUUCUUCUUACUUAAUCUAUUUUUCUCUCUCUCUCUAGUCGAGUGGAUUUUCUUCUUUCCUUCUCUAUUUUUUUUUAAUUUUCAAUUUUUUCUAAAAAGUUCUCUCCAAUUUUUAAAUAAGUAUGUAUUUUCGUUCUUUCAAUUUUAUUUUUUUAGCUUAAUUUUACU